GAAGAACACGACGAAGAAGAACAGGAGGCGUGAGCUUCCGGGUUUCAAAAAUCUUCGUUGCAACCGUAAUCAUCAGCACUAGAAGGAGACUAAACAACAUCCGCUUCGAGAUGGGGUCACCCAAAAAAAAGGCACACAGAGCCAGUCUGCAUUCUCCUGGUACGGAAAUGGAACCCCUAAUUCCCCCCGUCAAUGAACGCCUGGGGUACCUUCGUCCCUCCAGGGAACUUUUAGAAUUCUACAGGGAUAAGAUUUCCCAGUUUGACGGCGAACAGGAGCAGCUGCUUAAGAUGUUGGAGAAGUACAAGAGCAUCAUUGAGAACCAGCACAAGCUAGAGAGUGAAUUGCGGCAACGUGAAGGAGAGAUUGCAGAGCUGCAGAAUGCUCUGAGUGACAUGCAGGUGUACCUUUACCAAGAAAGAGAACAGUCUCUGAGGCUUCAUGCAGAAAACGACCGACUAAAGAUCAGAGAGCUGGAGGACAGGAAAAAAAUCCAACACCUUCUUUCACUGGUGGAUCAUGAUGAUGGAGAGAUCACAUACUUCCUACGGGAGCCUCCUCAUCAGGUCACUGUCAAACAGAAGCACCUUGAGUCGACGGAGGAGAAUCUUAAUCUCAGGCCAACAAAGUUGAGACCUGCUGUGACCGGUAAAGCGAGAGCAGAGAUGAGGUUUAAGAGAGCAAAAUUUGCUGAUCCAGGUGCUUGCGAUACUUUGGAAAAAUAUAAGAAUGAGAACCAAACUUUGAUGCUUCAGGUGGAGGCUCUCCAGGCUCAACUAGAGGAACUAACCCGACUAACCAAAGAGCAGGUCCAGUCACUCCAGGAUGACCGACAGAUUAAAAGUGAAGAGGUCCAGGCUGAAAGGCAGAGAGAUGAGCAGCGCAUUGCCGGUUUGACAAACAAGCUCCAGCAAACACAGAACCUACUGUACGAAAGCACCAAAGAUUUCCUACAGCUCAAAUUUGACACAAGGGCUCAGGAGAAGAUAUGGAUGGCGGAGAAGGACCAUCUCUUCGGGGAGCUGGACGCGUGUCACGAGCGUCUAAGGAAAGCCGGAUUCGGUGAUUUUGAAGUUGAGCACCUACAGCCAACCAGAAGGAGCCCGACUCAGGUCAGCCUGACCCCUUUUGGUACUGCUGCUACUUCUAACGGGGUCAUCCCAAAUUGGACUGCUGCUCCUGCCAGGGGCACCUCAAGUUGGACUGCAGCUCCUAUCGACGUCACCCAAAGUUGGACUGCAGCUCCUAUCGGCGUCACCCCCAGUCGAGGUGCUGCAGGUCCUACCGGGGUCACCCCAAGUUGGCCUGCAGAUCCUACCGGGGUCACCCCAAGUUGGCCUGCAGAUCCUACCGGGGUCACCCCAAGUUGGCCUGCAGGUCCUACCGGGGUCACCCAAAGUUGGACUGCAGGUCCUACCGGGGUCACCCCAAGUUGGACUGCAGGUCCUACCGGGGUCAACCCUAGUCGUGGUGCUGCAGGUCCUAGCGGUGUCAACCCCAGUCAUGGUGCUGCAGGUCCUAGCGGUGUCAACCUCAGUCGUGUUGCUGCAGGUCCUAGCAGUGUCAACCCCAGUCGUGUUGCUGCAGGUCCUAGCGGUGUCAACCCCAGUCUAGGUGCUGCAGGCCCUAGUGGUGUCAACCCCAGUCGUGGUGCUGCAGGUCCUUGUGGUGUCAACCCCAGUCGUGUUGCUGCAGGUCCUAGCAGUGUCAACCCCAGUCUAGGUGCUGCAGAUCCUAGUGUCAACCCCAGUCGUGUUGCUGCAGGUCCUAGCGGUGUCAACCCCAGUCGUGGUGCUGCAGGUCCUAGCGGUGUCAACCCCAGUCUAGGUGUUGCAGGUCCUAGCGGUGUCAACCCCAGUCGUGGUGCUGCAGGUCCUAGCGGUGUCAACCCCAGUCGUGGAGCUGCAGGUCCUAGCGGUGUCAACCCCAGUCGUGGAGCUGCAGGUCCUAGCGGUGUCAACCCCAGUCGUGGAGCUGCAGGUCCUAGCGGUGUCAACCCCAGUCGAGGUGCUACAGGUCCUACCCGGGUCACCCCACUUUGGAAUGCUGCUCCUAUCGGGGUCAGCCCCAGUCAAGGUGAUGCGGCGGCUGCUCCUCUUACUUCUGCCACUACUGGGGUCAGCCAAAGUCGCGUUGCUGCUACUACUAGCAGGAUCAGCUCGAGUCGGGCUCCUACUUCUACUGGGAUCAGUUCCACUCGGUUCCACAUGCAGCCUCAGCCUGACUUAAGUCAGAGACACAAGGAAGAGAUCAAGUCCGGGCAAGAUCAUUUCAAGGAAGCCCAACGUAUGGCAGAGAUGUACAGAGAACAGUGCAUCGCCUUGGAAACGGAACUGGCCCAAGCCAGGGAGCAGGGGGACGCAGGCAGGGAAAUAUAUAAGGAGCGUGUCAGUAAAACGGCUAAGCGUCUCCAGGCCAUGACUCAGCGUUAUGAGGCACUAGAGAAGAGGAGGAACCUGGAGGUGGAGGGCUUCAAAACAGACCUGAAGCAACUCAGACAUAAACUGAAGGAUGUAGAAAAACAGCUUUUACAGGUAACCCAUAAUAUUGGGCCGAACCAGGACCUAGCUAUUCUCCAAGAGGUCAGGGAGAGCAACAACAGGACAAAGAAGGUCCAGAAUGGGCUGACGGUGUUAAAGGCAAAGAUUUAUGGACUGGAAAAUGAACUGCGAUUUUGCUGAGGAUUAGAUCAACAAUGUUUUUUGUUACAGACUUGAAUAAGCUUUGUGAGCUUUACUCCAAUCAAGUUUACAGUAUAGUUGUACUAUUGUUUUAUUCGUACUAUAUGCAAUACUUUUGUGCUAAUAAAUGUAUUUUUAAGGUAAGAAAACUGACUUGUAUGGUCUGACACUUUGAUUAUAUUCGUGUAGAGCAGUGGUUCUCAAACUUUGUUCACCAAGUACCAACUCAGAAAACACUUUGCUCUCCAAGUAUCACUAGAAUGACCAACAUUAAAAUAAAGUAGCAUAGUAGGCCCAAAUAUUAAUUAUUAAUCAAGAUAGAGGUUUUAUUUAACAAGUAUAUUUAAUAUUUUUCGCCACUGUAACAUAAUCAAUCAACCAAAGUUUAUUUAUAUAGCCCAUAAUCACAAAAUGCCUCAAAGGGCUGCACAAAUCACAACUCAGAUCCCACAUCAGGGCAAGAACAAACUCAACCCAAUGGGAGCAAUGAGAAACCUUGGAAGGGACCGCAGACUGGUGCAAAGCAUGCCGA